CUCCGCCGGGCCCUGGUCCCUUCUGCCCCCCCCAACUGCUGCAUCCCCCACCCCGGGUCUCCGGCUCCUUUCCCCGCUGCUGCGGCUCCCGGAGGAACCCCCCCCCCGCCCAUGGCUCUUCGGGGCCCGGGGCGCCGCAGCCGGAGGGUCUGAGGCCGGCGCAGGAGCGGAGCGGCGGGGACAGAGCAUGUGGGGGCCGCCGGCCGGCCAGCGCCCCCGGGAGUGAGGGCAAGGUCCGCGUGCUGUGUGUGGCGCCCCCCGUCCCUUAGGAUGAGUAACUGCAGCAGCCGCGCGCUCACGCUGCUCAGUAGCGUGUUCGGGGCGUGUGGGCUGCUGCUGGUCGGCAUUGCGGUCAGCACCGACUACUGGCUCUACAUGGAGGAGGGCAUCAUUCUGCAGCAGAACCAGACCACUGAGAUCAGGAUGGCGCUGCACGCCGGGCUCUGGAGGGUCUGCUUCUUUGCCGGCCGGGAGAAGGGCCGGUGCGUGGCAUCAGAGUAUUUCCUGGAACCCGAGAUAAACCUGGUGACAGAAAACACAGAGAACAUCUUGAAGACAGUUCGCACGGCCACCCCCUUCCCCAUGGUCAGCCUCUUCCUUGUCUUCACGGCCUUCGUCAUCAGCAACAUCGGCCACAUCCGGCCCCAGAGAACCAUCCUGGCCUUUGUCUCUGGCAUCUUCUUCAUCCUUUCUGGCCUGUCUCUCGUGGUGGGGUUAGUUCUCUACAUCUCCAGCAUCAAUGACGAGGUGAUGAAUCGACCCAGCGGGUCGGAGCAGUAUUUCCACUAUCGCUACGGCUGGUCCUUUGCCUUCGCAGCCUCCUCCUUCCUCCUCAAAGAGGGUGCCGGCGUGAUGUCCGUGUACCUGUUCACCAAGCGCUACGCGGAGGAGGAGAUGUACCGCCCCCACCCGGCCUUCUACCGCCCGCGCCUGAGUGACUGCUCCGACUACUCGGGCCAGUUCCUGCACCCGGAGGUGUGGCACCGCGGGCGCAGCCCCUCCGACAUCUCCAGCGACGUCUCCAUCCAGAUGACCCAGAAUUACCCCCCCGCUAUCAAGUACCCCGAGCACAUGCACAUAUCCACCUCGCCCUGCUAGGCCAGCCCCCCCACCCCGACCAUCCCCCACCAGGGCCUGCCAGCCGCCCCCCACCCCAGAGACUGUGCAGAGCGGGGCCCACCUGUGGAUCACAGACUGGGUGCUACUGGACUGAAACCUCUCCUUGUCCCCCCUUUCUUGCUCCCUCUGCACCGUCCCCGGAGGUCUCCCCCAUUUGGCCAUUUUGGUGGCAUUCGUGACAGGAAGUCACCCUGUCGGCCAUUUUGGUAGCCAUGGGAACUCGGCAGGAUUGCCAACAGGAAGUCACCUGUCGGCCAUUUUGGCUGCCAUGGGCAGGUGGCAGGACUCCCGACAGGAAGUCACCCCAUCGGCCAUUUUGAUUGCCACCGGAAGGUGCCGGGAUUCCCAACAGGAAGCCAUCUGUCAGCCAUUUUGUUUGUCAUCAUCGGGCCAGCCCCAUAUACUUUUUUUGUCCCCACAAGGGCCAGUUCCUAACAGGAAGUCACCCCUCUACCAUUUUCUCUGUCCCUGCUCCAAUCCCUUUCUCCCCGAUCCUGACAGGAAGUGGCUCCUCUGCCAUCUUUUUUACCCCAAAAUGGCCAACCCUGGUUAGGAAGCUGCCCAUCUGCCAUUCUGGUUGCCAUUGCACCAGCUCCCCUUGGUAUGGAUCCUAAGAAGAAAUGGCUCCUAACGCCAUUUUCCUCCAGAAUGGCUAACCCUGACGGAAGUCACUCGUCGGCCAUUUUCCUUGUUGCCAUGCCAGCCUCUUCCCCUCGCCCCCCGCAGAUCCUGAGAGGAAAUGGUUCCUCCGCCAUCUUUGCUGCCCCACAAUGGCCAACCCUGACAGGAAGUCACUCGUUGGCCAUUUUCCUUGUUGCCAUGCCAGCCCCCACACAUCCUGAGAGGAAAUGGCUCCUCCGCCGUCUUUGCUGCCCCACAAUGGCCAACCCUGACAGGAAGUCACUCGUCGGCCAUUUUCCGAGUUGCUGCACUGGUCCUCCCCGAUCCUGAGAGGAAAUGGCUCCUUCGCCAUCUUUGCUGUUUUCCAAAUGAACCAGAUGGGGGAACUGCAUCAGCAAAUGGGGACACAGAGAAGGGCCCCAGGCCACUUGCUUCCCUCGGAAGCAACCAAACCCAGAGAGAUGAAUCAAGGGGAGCUGGAAAUAUAGACACCAAGGUCGGGCUAAAGCAACCGCGGCGGCUGGCUGCCAGCACCUCACCCUCAGAGAUCCGCUCCCCCCUCGACCGCCAGAUCGGGGCCCCGUCUCUUUGUCUUCCCUCGGCCAAAGAACGGUGGACGAAGCCCUUUUCUUAGCAAGCGUGGGCACGACCGUGCCAUGCAUUAGUACGGCCCAACAAUGGCCACUGUUAGCCCAGCUUCAGGCCAGCUGCCCCCAGGCUCUGCUUUGCUCUUUCCUUUCUUUCGAUUUGCUUUCUUCUUCCAUUCUUCCUGUCUCACCCCCUUUUUUCUUUUCCAUUUCCCGGCUCUUUCCUUCUUCCUCUCUCUGCACUCUUUCGUCCAGUCCUUCUUUUGUACAUUUCUCUGCACUUCUUCUCUAUUGAUUUUCUUUAUAUGUCCAUUUACAGGUUCUUUUUUCACCCUUUUGUUUUCCUCUUCCUUUCUCUACCCUCUUUUGUUCUUUCUCUAUUAGUGCCCUUCUCUUUUAGCCACCUCCGCACGCUGGGGUGUAUCUCAGGCUGGAUUUCUUUUGCCACGGUGACUGUGUUUGUGUCUGUAGAGGGGAAGGGGUCUCCAUCCAUGCAGAAACGAGGAAGGAGCAAAUAUAAUUGGAGGAGGAGAAGGAUGCCAGUGGAGAGACAGAGGAAGGGAAAAUAAGGGACUGGGAAACGAGAGAAUGAAGGGAAGGUGGGUGAGGGCGGGAGGAAAAGGGGUAGGUAAUAGAUACCUGGGGCUUCAGGAAUGGAUCAAUGCAGGGAACUGGCAUCACAGCUGGGUUUGGGCACCUUCUGCUGGCUGGGCCCUGCCAGGACCCAGGACUCUUGCUGUGAACUUAGUUGGUACUGUUCGGUCCCUGUCCCGUGUGGGUAUUUUUGUGGGCUCCUUUGACAAGGUCAUCUGUACCUGGCUCUGCGAGCUUCCCCACGGCAGUGCCACCAGCUGUGGAGGCUCCAGUGCUGCGAGCUUCCCCAUGGCAGUGCCUCCCAGCCAGGGAGCUAAAGGAGAAAAACCGUCCUCAUCUCUUGUCAUGAUGUUGGGACUAUGACAUACAGAGGAGCUGGUCUUAUGGCAUCCAACAGAGGACGGUAUCUGCUUGGAGGGACCCAGCUCUGGGAGGGGGGUGGGGUCUAGUGGUUAGAGCAGGAGGGCUGGGAGCCAGGAUUCCUGGGUUCUAUCCUUGGCUCUGAGAGGGGAGUAGGGUCUAGUGGUCAGAGCAGGGGGCUUGGGUUCUACCUCCAGUUCAGGAAGGGGAAUGAGGUCUAGGGGAUAGAUCAGAAGUGGGGGGAGUUUGUCUACCCUCAGGGAGCAGGAGACACCAUCUUUUGCCCCUGACCCCUUAAAGGGCCAGAAAUCUCCUUCCUCCACCCUUAGAAAUCCCACCUUUUGUUCUUGAAUGAUCCUGGGGAUCAGGGGACCCCUCAGCACUUAGACCUGGCAAGGGGGGGGUCGAGGAGGAAGGUCAAGGCACCCCUACACUUGGGAGCCGGUGGCAAAGAAAGUGUUAAAAAUCUAGCACCAGAAAUGGCCCCUCCGCCCAGGGCAUGGGGCAGGGAGGAUGAAAGCUAACUAGCUACAUCCCCUCCAAUCAGUUUGAAUGGGGGGGAGGCGGUGAUGAAAGGGUUAACCAUAUAGCUCCAUCCCCCCCUCACCAGGAAUGUGGGUGGGGGGGUGGGAGGGAGAAUUGUAGGGAUAAAAUAGCACCACCACCCUCCCCCUGCACACUGAAGCAAUGGGGGAUCCUGGCAGUGCAGGAGAUAACACACAGGGGAGCAGAUAGUGGGGGGAGGAAUCCUCCACAGGUGCGGUGACCCUUAUUGCGGGGGGGGGGAGAAUCCGGCUGGUAUCUGUGAAAGGGGGAAGGUUCUUAGCCUGGGGGUGGGAUGGGGGGACAUGCAUACUACACCAGUGACCAAGGAGAGAUCCCUUUUUAUUGCCAUAUAUUCUCUCCCGCCCCCCAUGCCGGGGCCCACCCCCCCCCCCCUUAUUUACUCUGUACCAUAUGUACAUAGGACUGAGAGACUGCAAUAAACUUUAUUUCAAACA